AUGGAUCACAUGGAUAUUAGAAUAUUCCCCAUGAAGGCAUUUGGGUGUUUUAAACAAAGACCUCAUAAGAGUCUUAGGGUGUAUCAUAACAACCGUCCACAGUUUUGUAAAGAGGUUCAUGUGAGGCAUGUUUCAGAUGUUCGGCCCCCUGUGGCGAAUCCCUCGAAUACGGUCACUGGUGCUGCGGGUUUGACCGACACUUGUCAGUGCCAGAUUGACUACGCCAAGGCUACAGUGAAUCCUGCAGCAAGCAAAUGCACAGGUUUCUUCGACCAGAUGGACUGUGUGUUCCGAUCAGCUGAAAAGGGAUGUGACGGGACUACGAAACGCAAGAAGGUCGCGGAAGAUUUGGUUGCAGCCAUAUCCACUGCAUCCUGCACCACUACUUCGGAUGUGUGUUCAUCAUGCAUCUACACCUAUGCACAGGUAGACGUAGAGGUUCCAGCAACCAAGUGCAGUGGUCUUGGCGCGUUCCUUUAUUGUCUAGACGGGAAGACGACAACUAGCUGCAAGUCUACUAGUCCAGAUUCAAUCGCUGUAUUAGCGACCUAUGCCAAGACCGAGAUCACUAAAGCUGGAUCCACUUGUAGUGCAUUAACAGACACCUGUGAGUGCCAGUACACGUUCCUUACCACCGCAAAUUCUGAUACAACAUGCAGUGAACAUGCUAAGAGAAUGGAGUGCAUUGUGGCAGCGACCGGGCCUGCCUGUGACGCGACAGUCCCACGUUCGACUUAUGCCACGAACAUUGCUGAACCAAACCUGAAAGCCAUAGCCACUUGUGAAUCCUCCUUAACUAACACGUGCACGCUGUGCCAGUUCGCAUACGCUAAGCAGACCAGUGCCACCCAGACAAACAGAUGCGACUCUGGGGACUACCUGCCAAUGUCAAGCAACUUUCCUUACAGCAGACAAGUCUUCUCCGGCAAAUACAUGCACACCAACACUGAGGCCAACACUAAGGCCAACACUAGGACCAACAUUAGAACCAACACCGAGGCCAACACUAAGGCCAACACUAGGACCAACAUUAGAACCAACACUGAGGCCAACACUAAAGCCAACACUAGGACCAACAUUAGAACCAACAAUGAGGCCAACACUAAAGCCAACACUAGGACCAACAUUAGAACCAACACUGAGGCCAACACUAAUGCCAACACUAGGACCAACAUUAGAACCAACACUGAGGCCAACACUAAGGCCAACACUAAUGCCAACACUAGGACCAACAUUAGAACCAACACUGAGGCCAACACUAAGGCCAACACUAGGACCAACACUGAGGCCAACACUAGGACCAACAUUAGAACCAACACUGAGGCCAACACUAAGGCCAACACUAGGACCAACAUUAGAACCAACACUGAGGCCAACACUAAGGCCCACUGGCUCUUGAGAAGGAAGCAGGGUGUGUAUACGAAGCCAGUGGAUGUUUCUUGUGACGCCAGCGUCUCUAGAACAACCACGCUGACAUCUGUGGGGUCAGCUAUCACCACGGCCUCUUGCACUGUACCCGGCACAUGCACGUGUCAGAUCGCUUAUGGAACCUCAACCGCUGCUGAUUGCACGAAGAAAUUCACGCUGAUUGGAUGUCUACAAACGACAGCAGAUGAUGGCUGCAGGGGCCACACCACCGUACAGACUCGAACAGCACUGGCUACACUCGUGGAGAACGCUGCUGCCUGCACUAAAACAGCUGCCUGCACGUGUCAAAUCAAUUAUGCAAAGGCUGAUGUGACUGGAGCCAACAAGUGCCUGGAACAGAAGAAGCUUGCCGCAUGUUUGGGAGCAACGGAAACAGAUGGGUGCAAUGGCGGGAAAUCCCACACUCUUGCUGCCACAGCCGUCGGGGUCAUCAACGGCAUCGCAAGCUGCGCUCCCGCUGCCCAGACAACGUGUAAAUGUGAGCUGGAGUAUGCUGUUUUAGACAGGACAACGAGUGAUGGCAAGUGCAGUGCUGCGAAGAAACUGCUUCAUUGUCUGACUUUCACCACUGAUGCCGGAUGUGCCCAAACCAGAGCUGCUGUGGCUACUGCUGCUCAGACGGCUAUCGCUGACCUCGAAAGUGCCUCCGCCGGAUCGUGUCCUUUAACAAGUAGCUGCACAUGUCAACAGACGUUUGUGACGGCAACCAGCUUCAGCAACGAGGCCGACAAAUGCCUAGAGUACAAGAAGCUGGCGAUCUGUCUGGGGAACAACAAUGAUGUUGCCUGUGAUGGCACCACAAGCAAGAAUGCACUUGUGACGUCUGUUGAAACUAAGGCUAAAACUUAUGCCAGCUGCGCUACAGGGCUCUCUUCAUCCACCUGUCAGUGUGAGAUCAACUACGCUAAAACUGAUACCAGCGACAACGCCAAGAAGUGCACCGCCUACAACAAAAUGCUGACGUGCAUGUUCGGUUCUAAUGGUGAUUCUUGUGUUGGAACGGCAAAGACCACGUUUGUGACGACCAUCGACACCAAUGUGAAAUCAGCACCCUUGAGUUGUACAGCUCAAACUGCGGAAUGUACCUGUGCUGUGGCAUACGCCAAAAUAGACUUUGCCACGGCUACUAACGCUGCCAAAUGCAGUGCUGCGCAAGACCUACUGGGGUGCAUGACUGGAAAGACGGGUACUGGCUGUGACGGAGCCCAGUCGACUGCAACAAUCUUAGCAACAGCUGAGAACACCAUCGCACAGGCAGUCGCAGCGGGACAAGCCUGCGCACUGAGUGAGAGCUGCAAGUGUGAAGUCCUAUUUGGCAAAGCUGAUUCGACGAAUGAUGCUGCUUACUGCUCGGCUGCCUUGAAUUAUUUUGCCUGUCUCAGUGUGGCGACGGACGUCGGCUGUUCUGGAACGACCAACGAUGCCCUUAAACAGGCAGCCUUGACGAAGGUUACAACCAUAAAAGGCUGUGCUUUGCCAGAUACGUGCCAGUGUCAGCAGACCUUUACCACCAGCGUCGCUGCCAAUGCAUCUCAGGAAUGCAGAUAUGCACUGAACGCCCUUUCCUGUUUGUCUGCAACCACAUCUCAAAGUUGUGAUAAAACCCAGACUCAGUCACAGGUUGCCGAUGGUUUUAAAACAAGGGUGGCAACUCUUUCAUCAACAAGCUGCUACCAGACAGAGACCUGUAAGUGCCAGAUAGCAUACGCUACAGCUGACACAACGUCAACAGCCAACAAGUGCACGGCUGGCAGAACGUAUAACACGUGCCUCAACAAGAUACAGAAUGACCAGGACGUAGGCUGUGAUGACGUCACACAGAAACAGUACCUGAUGCAGGGUCACGUCAUUCUCGUUCUACAAGCCUGUCGUGGAUGCUCGAUUUCACAUCCUUCAGUGGCAAUCAUCCUCAUCUUGGCAGUCUCGACCUUGCUAUGGAAAUACUAAAGUGACGCCUUAUGGUUAUCGGAUAUGCGUUAUGAUAUAUAUAGGACAAUGGCAGUGCUUGUGGAACCAGUAUUCACUGAUUGUACAAUUAACGAUCAAAUACUUGUAACUUAGUUCAAAUUUAUAUAUUGGCUUGAAUGAUAUGCUUGUAUCAUCUCUAAACUGUUUAUGGUAAAAUGAUAUCCAAAUAUUUUAAAUACAUUGAAUAAUGUUAUGUUUGUCUGUGAUAAAAGCAUCAAUUACGCAAUGCCGUCGAAGAUUUCGGCCAUUAUCAACAAAUGAAUGAAUACAAAUCAUACAAGGUAUUUGAUAAAAUAUUUCAGAAAUUAACAAUUAUUAUGAUACCGGUUCCUGCAAUAGAGUAUUAGUAACUUGUAAAUGUUUUGUAGAAUUGUAAAAAUGUUUUCAAUUAUGGAUAGUCAUUAUCUUCAUCUCGAAAUAAUGACGCAACUUUCGACGAAGAUCAGUGGUCUAAUAUUGUUCUUGCCUAUGCCUCGUUAUGAAGGAAACUUCUUUUUGAAUUUCUAUCUUUGUUUAAUAUGUAUGAGGUGAUGAAAGGAAAUGUGAAAGAAUAUUAAUGUCACUGUGAAUAUGUCAUGUCAGGCCUUGUACAUAGUGAUUCUAAAAAUGCAACCUCGUGUUUUGUAAACAUUAUAUAUACAUAUAUACAAAUUAUUGCAUAUGCUUUAAAAUUAAAAUAACCACUCAAAAUGCAUGAGAAAUUACAGUAUUAAAAUGAAAUGUUUUUUUCUCCAUUUUUAAAACUGAAUGUAUCAGGACAUAAAAGAACAAGUCAGUUUAAAAUUUGAAACUUUUUCUAAAAGCUUUUAAUCUUUUUUCAAAAACAUUUAUGUGUUGUAUAGUAGUCUCGCUGCUGAGUUCUACCAAGGAGAAUUAUCUCCUAAAAACCAAAUGUACAGCACUGCGUCUAUAUAUACUUACUGACCAUCCGUCCAGAAGAUGAAAGUUUAGCAGUAUUCUGUUCUGUGAUACUGGCAUUUAUUGAUGCAAAUCCAGCUGAGAGUGUUCCCUGUUUCUAUUAAGGCUGAUAUGUUUCCUCAGUAAUGAUGAAUGUUCUUUAAAUGUUCUACAAAUUUCCCAAUCCGAUCCGAUUUUAUACCCGUCCUAGGAAUGUGAUAUUUGUUCUAUUUGUGAUAUAUGUUAUUGUGAACUAUAUGUAUAUAUGUCAACUAUUUUCCUAUUCAUGUAUUCAGAGAAUUCCAAGAUUGAAAAUAAGAAUAUAAAUGACCUACUAUUUCAUAUUCACAAGAGGGGGAUUGGUUUUAGCGAAGAAAAUAUAUUCUCCCGGAGUACCAAGAACAAAGUAGGCUUCAGACGUAAAAAUCGAAAUUCUAAGCCAUAUAAAAUACAUUAUUUAAAGGUGUUUUUCGUAAAUAAAUAUCCAGGACGGUCUCCGAAAAAAAUGAUAAAAGUGAUAAAAUGCCAUUUAGAUAAAACCUAACUUCACACGAAUGUUUUCUUUGAUGUGCAUUUUAGAAGAUGAGUUUAAGAAUGGCGAAAAUUCUUAUGGAUCUGCAACUUGUAUAUCCAUGAAAAUUGUCAUCAUUCUUCACACAAUGUUUUUAAUUUGAUAUGGCAUUGAAAGGAAAUACGUAUGUUAAAUAUUAACUUCAGUUAUCAAGUAAAAACAUUGGAAAAAACAAUGCGCUUGUUUUGGAACCAAACGCUAAGCUUUAAGAUAUAACCACAUCUCCAAUACACCUGUUAUCUGUAAACACUAGUCUGUAGAGUGAAGCCUUACAUCCCUGACUGUUGCUGUUUUUGCUGAGAGAUGGGCAAAUUCCAAACGCUUAAAACAAAAUCCAUUUUUAAAAAGAACAUAUUUAAUAUAGUUGUGGAAUAAAUCUUUCAAACAUUAAUUGUACUGCGAUUAAAGAUAUAUUUGUUUUGUAACUGUUACGUAUCGAUGUACAUAUAGUUGAAGUUAUAAGACAUUUGACACUUGCAUUCCAUUUAUUACUGUGCCUAUCUCGAAUGACGUGAUUACGGAGGCAGUCAUAGUUGUAAUGUUUUCAUUCAAAUAAACUUUCUAUUUCAUA